UCCAUGACUCAUCAGCCACUUUCUUUUUGGUGAAAAUUAGGCUGCCUAGUCCUACCUGGACCUGUGCAGCAAGGCCAGUAUCUACCACCUGCAUCAAGGUUGCAGUUUCAUUUUGUCAAAUUAGAUCUCAUCUGUAUGAGGACAAAAGAGCUUGUUGGUAUCGAUACAUCUACAAUGCGACUUUACCAUCUUUGGGCAUUCCAUGCCUAUUUCAGACUCCUAAGAGCUAAACCCACAGGAUUUCGAUCAAGCUCGCGCGGAGAAGUAAUCGCUCCCGCCGCAGCGAUGCUGUGCUACACUUAAGCUGUUACAACUUUCGUUAUUACCCAAUGGAUGCAUUUGAGUAGUCUCAAGUGUUCAUGGAGGUUCUAUCUACGGACAGAAUGUUCUACCAAAAAUCCCAUCCCAAACAUUAGUGCCAUUUUUCUCCAAAGGAUCUCAUGCACUAUUUAUCGCAUGUUCCCCAAAUUAUCCUCAGAGAUACACCACAAAUCUCAAAGCACCUUUUCCACCUUUCAAGCCAUACAUACAACCUUCCAAUCAUCAUCCCUUCACUCAAUUACCACAACGUCACCCAGAGCAAAAAAGAAAUGUCGGAAACAUCUAAAGCAUCUAAGUUUACUCGCGCCGAUACCGAAUUGAUGAAGGCCAUCAUCGAGGAGGUUUCAAGAAAGGAAAUUAGCAAAAUGGUCGACUGGGAAGCUAUUGGAAGACAGCUGGGCGGUUUGAGAGUAGCCGCUGUUCAUAAGCGGAGGUCCCGUUUGAACAUCAAGAUGCGCAAUGGAGUUGUCGAUGACGAGGCGGACGAUUCAGAUGAGUUUAAAACUGAAGACGGCGAAGGCGAUAAGGAUAGCAAUGAUCAGAAAAUGAGCACAACCAAUACGAGCGGCGGAAAGGUAGUUGCCAAGGAGGCUGGUGGUGGGAAAGUUGUUACUAAGGAGAGUGACAACGGAAAGGCUGCAGCCAAGAAGGGCAAUCGCAAAGCUCCUGUUAAGGUUAAGGCUAUCACUUCAAAGGGAAAUAGUGGCAAGGUCAAGGCUACUUGGGAUACUGUGAAGGCUGAGGUUGCAGCUGAUGCUGCCGCUAAGAAGAAAGCAGAAGGAGACGUAGAUGAUGAUGAUGAUUAGCUUUGUAUGAUUUUUAACAUUCUGGAGCAUCGGGUUAGCGACUAGUAAUCAAUACAUUAC